GAGGGCGAUGGCGGCGCUAGGCCGCGUCGGGUGGCGGGCUCUCGGGGGCAGGUUUUUCCUGCUGCAGCCUUCCUCCUCCUACCCUCUCCAGCUCCGAACGGCCUCGAUUCUCUCCGCUUCCCUGGAGCUGCCUUUUAGGAGCCAGCUUUCCUUGAAGCCUGCAAGUGGCUGCCCCACGCUGGCAUCUCCCUGGAGCCUGCAGCAGGUCCGCAGCAAGGCUCGUGGCAACGAGUAUCAGCCCAACAACCGCAAGCGGAAGCGCACCCACGGCUGGAUCAAGCGCAUCAGCACCCCGGCCGGCAUCGAGGUCAUCCUGCGGCGCAUGCUGAAGGGCAGGAAGUCUCUGACCCACUGACAGCCCUGCCCCUGGGGCUGCUGGGCUGUGGGGAGAAGCCCCAAAUUGAGCCCCUCCAGCUGUGGUGGCUUUGGAGUGACCUGGCCUGAGUGGUUGUGCCAUGAGGAAACUGUGAGUCAAGACUGCUCCUCACGCUGCUCCCGCAUGUGAGGCUUGAGGGUGGCCUGUGAGGGCUUUGUUUAAUGGCUGCUCUUCACAUUGUAAAUGUGUUGCUGCUUUCUCGGUGUGAUUUGAAGAUAAACUUGUGAAAACACAAGCUGGAAUUAAAGCCCUGA